UUAUUUUCCCCCAUCUCUGAAGAAGACACGAAGUUCAUCAGAGUCCAUCGCAUUUCCUCGAUUCUUUCACUCACCAAACACACCUCUGUAAUGUUUUACUUCACGAUCUGAUUUGUUCCUUCAAUCGAGUAGCCGAGGUACUUGUUUGCGAAGAGAUCUGAUUUCAGAGCUACAGUCUCAGCCUCUCUAAUUUCCCCUCUUUCGGAUUUUCGAUCUGUUGAUUCUUUCUCGAAUCUGGGUUCUGUUUUCUCUUGAUCGGAUUUGUUUUGUUCUGGUCGGAUUUCGGACGUGGGUUUUCGAUUUCUUGGGAAACCCAUGAAGGAAUCGGAUCUAACCACCGAACCCAUCGCUCAGAAUCUGAUUAAGCUCAUCAGCAAUGUCUGCUUCUCGGUGUUCGUCUUCACGGUGCUCAUAUUUACAGCAAUUGCCAUCACCUAUCAGCCUCCAGAUCCAUGGCUCGAAUCAGCUCCUGCGCUAACGAAGCUCCUCACCGACACCGAGAACGCGACUUUCAAAAUCGACAGCUCGAUCUUCAAGACCGGCGAGGACAUCGCCGCAUCUCCGGCAUUGUCUCCGGCGACCAAGACAGAGCCCGUCACGGAGGCGGUGAUCGAGGAAUCGGAGGAGAAGCUUGGAAAUCUCACGGUGAAAUCGGCUUCUUCGGAUUGCGACGAACUAAAGGUCGUGAAUUGCUCGGAUCCGCGAGUGUUGAUUGCGGUUCAGAGGUUCAAUUUGAAGGUAUUCAAGUCGAUUGUGUUCUUAGAGUACCAAAGUCCAGUGAAUGGGUCGAACCCAGAUGAGUGUGAUGUUGCUUGGAGGUUUAGGAACAAAAGAGAGAAAUCUUGGAGGAGGUAUAGAGAUUUUAGGAGGUUUAAGUUUGGAUUUGGUGAGGAUUGUACUUACAAAGUGUUUCACGCAAGUGGUUGGCAUUCUGGUGUCAAUGCACGUAGGCCUCGGGCUCGAUCAAACCCGAGUAGAUCCAAAGGUAGUCCUAAGGUUGCACCAGUGGCUCGUGAUCGUGACCCUGAGAUCAAUGACACAAUCCCGACUCUCGGGUCGGCGACGAAUUUCAGGAAGGGGAAGUAUUUGUAUUACUCGCGGGGAGGGGAUUAUUGCAAGGGUAUGAAUCAGUAUAUGUGGAGUUUCUUGUGUGGUUUAGGGGAAGCAAUGUUCUUGAACAGGACCUUUGUGAUGGAUUUGAGCGUUUGCUUAUCCUCGAGUUACAGCUUAAAGGGUAAAGACGAGGAGGGGAAGGAUUUUCGGUAUUACUUUGACUUUGAGCAUCUCAAGGAGACAGCUUCCAUUGUCGAGGAGGGCGAGUUUUUAAGAGACUGGAAGAAAUGGGAUCGGUCCCAUAAGCGGAAAAUCCCGACCCGGAAGGUGAAGACGUAUAAGGUGUCGCCAAUGCAACUUAAGAAAGAUAAGAGCACAGUCAUAUGGAGGCAGUUCGAUGCUCCUGAACCCGAGAACUACUGGUACAGAGUGUGUGAAGGGCAAGCUGCAAAAUACAUCGAGAGGCCGUGGCACGCAUUGUGGAAAUCAAAGAGAUUAAUGAACAUCGUCUCUGAGAUAAGCGGCAAAAUGGACUGGGAUUUCGAUGCGGUUCAUGUUGUGAGAGGAGAAAAAGCUCAGAACAAGAAGCUUUGGCCUAAUCUUGACGUAGAUACAUCGCCCGAUGCUCUUGUGACGAAACUUAAAGGAAUGGUUCAGCCAUGGAGGAACUUGUACGUUGCCACGAACGAACCAUUCUAUAAUUACUUUGAUAAACUCCGGUCUCAGUACAAGGUCCACUUGCUCGAUGACUAUAACUAUCUGUGGAGUAACACGAGUGAAUGGUACAACGAGACCCGUCUCCUGAACGACGGGAAACCAGUCGAGUUUGACGGGUACAUGAGAGUUGCUGUCGAUACCGAGGUAUUUUAUAGGGCAAAGACACGCGUGGAGACGUUCUAUAACCUUACAAAGGACUGCAAGGAUGGGAUCAAUACAUGCUGAUCAGGUUGGAACCUCUUCAUUAUCAUAUGUUUGAUUUACUUUUAAGAAGAGCCAUUUCAUCGGAUAUUGUCCGAAUCCGUUGUGUUCUCUGUUCUGUUCUACUAGUGAUUGCCAUUUUUUUUUCGGGUAGAAGAGUGUAUGUAACAUUUUACAGUUGUUGAACUUGUUAUGGCAAUUUGGAAACCAAGGAGAAAAGAGAUGCAUUCUUUGUAUUAUA